ACUAUUUUUAUUAAGACACUGAGGCGUAUAAAUUAAAUUUGGUACUGCAGUUGUUCGACUGUUCGGAAUUUGUUAGUUUGCGAUCGGCACGCGCUAUUAUGGCGCGGCUCGAUUUGUUGGGAACUUUGGUGAAAAUAUUGGGCGAGCGUUCUGGAAUAGGAAAAGCCAGCGUUUGGCACGCCGUUAUCGUGACCUUUCUCCAUUACUUCUCCUGGGGUCUACUCACCGUGCCCUUUAUCGAAAAACUAUCCGCAUCGUUUGGAAAUCGCGUCCUUCUCGUCGAUGGAUUGGUCUACGGACUUCGAGGCAUCUUAGGUUUUGUAACCACUCCUGUGAUGGGCGCCGUUUCCGAUUUCCGGGGGCGAAAAGUGGUUAUGCUACUGGCUGUAGCAACUACCUAUUCACCAAUUCCAUUCAUGAUGAUAAAAAGUUGGUGGUUCUUUGCUCUACUCGCCUUGAGCUCCAUCUGUGGCAGCACUUAUUCCUCAUCCCUGGCCUAUGUGUCUGAUGUCACUAGUGUGAGUGACCGAUCAAAGGGAUAUGGCAUAGUAGCGGCCAGUUUCGGGGCAGGAAUAGCUUUUUCACCACUUUUGGGUAAUUACCUGAUGAAGUCUUUUGGAUCAGGAUCAGUUAUUAUGAUUGCAACUAUCACUGGACUGAUAAAUAUUUUGUUUAUCAUUUUCGGAGUUCCGGAAAGCUUGAUUGUAAAUGAUAUAAGCCUUGUCUUAGAUGAAACGGAUGACUGGAGCCAGAGAUUGGAUGAUGAUGACGUAGCGAAACACAUCUCAAUUGUAAAAGAAGAGUGUCAACUUGAAAAUAUUCAAGAAAAACAACAGAAUGAGGAAGGAUAUAUUGAAAUUUUUAGAGAUAAUGAUGAGAAUUUGAAGAACAAACCUAUCUUAGAAUUAAAAGAUGAAGAACCAACGCAAAUUUUGAACAAAAAUGGAAAAAUCGUUGACCAAAAUAAAAAUUUCACAAAACAGGAAAAGAUAUUGAAUCCCUAUAAGAAUGAGCACAUGGCAAGGCAAACUGAAGAUAGGAUUAACGAUAAUACUAAGCUCAACACAUCCGAUCUUUGGGCUGUGCUACGUAGAAGCCGAAAGGAUAAAAACCUCAUGGUGAUAUAUCUUAUAACAUUCCUCUCAUGUUGGGCCUUUGCUGGUGUAGAUUCAACAGCUCCAGUAUACCUGAAAACAAGCAUGGGAUUCGAAUAUGAAGAAGUCUCCAUGAUGCUAGGAUUACUCUCUGUCAUAGCGGUCUCAUCAAAUCUCCUUCUGGGUUACAUUAUGAAUCUAGUGGGUGCCAAGUGGUUGAUCCGAUUGGGCUUACUACUUCUGCUCUCACAGCUCAUCUUCUUUGCCUUUGCGACUCAGCAUUGGAUAUACUGGAUGAGCAGCAUAAUGGCCGCCAUGGCCACAAUAAUCCCAGCAGCCAAUAAUGCGGUGGCUUCGAUUUAUGCCAGUCCUGAAAAUCAGGGAGCUGUUCUUGGGAUUAUCUCAGGGAUCGAAUGUUUAAGCGAGGGUGUCGGUCCUGCUUUUUUUGGAGUACUCUUCUAUAUUUUUCAGGAUGAUUCAAAAGAUCAUCCUCUAAUAUCACCUAUUCCAGUGCCCUUCGUCAUUAGUGCCAUUGGGGUCUUUGUGGCCAUCAUUCUGACCGGUUUGAUUAAAAAGGAGAAUAUAGAAAAGGAACAUAAGAUGUACAAGACCUCUGAUGAGGCAUUGGAUGAUGAAGACGAGCGGAGACCACUAACGAAAGCAAUCUUUAAAGACGAUGAUAAUGGUGGUUAUAUUAAAUUAGAUUUAGAGGACUAUUACGAUUCUGACUGUAAGGAACGAGGCUUUAAAUAAAUGUAAAAUUGAAUUACUGCUA